AUGGCUCAGAACCUUUCGGAGCUCUGCACUCUGCUUGUAGAUGACCUGUACGGCGGUCUAUCGUCUACGGUCUUCUCGGUGCUCGCACGCCUCGGUCGAUUACCGCUGAACGCGCUCAAACACCACUCGGACCUGUCAGCAAAACAGCUCAAGCAUGCACUCGUCGUACUCAUCCAACAGCAUCUUGUGCUUCACAAUACGUCCGAAGACGAGGAAACCACAUAUUACGAAGUGCAUUGGUCCAAUGCAUAUGCUCUGGUUCGCUCAGGAAAGAUAAUCAAGCUCUGCGAAGACAGAUUCGGUGAAAGCGCUGGAGGCAUAAUAUCGAACCUGCUGCUGCUUGGGCAUGCAAAAGUGAAGGAUCUUGCCGAGGCCUACAACGUCGCUGUUAAAAAACACAACGAAAUCGACCCCGAGGCGAACCACAUCAACGGUGAAGGGCUCCCGAAUGGUGUAGGUAAGGACACGCAUAGCAAUGGUGCGGGUAGUCACAUCCGCUCCGUGGGUGAGCUGCACAGGAUUCUGAACGAGCUUAUCCAGGCUGGUUACGUCAGACCAGUGCGAGACAUUCACUUCCGGCCCACGGCCGACAUCACUGCCGAUGCCGAGCAAAUCGUGAAGCGCGAGAAGUUCCCAGGAGGCAUCAAGGGGCCCAAGGGAAAAGCAGACUUCGCCGAGGAGGUCAACAACCUCAAGCGAAAAUGGAUCGAAGGAGACGACGAAAAGCCCGUAACCAAUGGAGUAAAAAGGCGACCAGCGAACGGCUAUGCGCCGCAGUCUCACAAACGCGCAAGGCUUAAUGGCGCUUCCAACGGGGUCAACGGACACUUCGACUCAGAUUCUGAUGAUGAACUUACACCCAUACUCGAUCAAGAGCUUGUGGUCAGGGUCAACUACGACAAGUGUAACGUUGGCUUGCGCAACCAGCAGCUUGUCACAUUGGCAGCGCGCUACAUCGGCGAAACAACGGCGACCGUUUACGAGACUUUGCUUACACUACUCGAACAAAAGAUCCCCCGAUGCCAUGACGAAUACAACGAGUUCGAAGACGAGGAAGCGGAACUCAAGGCACUUCCAUCCAUAACCCUCUUUCAAGUGGUCAACGCUCUGGAUCCCGAACUCGACCUCUCUGCAGGCAUAUCGCUCAGCCAAGAUGUAUCAAACGGUACCACUGGUGAUAAUACUCCAGACGCGACUGACUUGGAUGGCAUUGGAGGCUAUACGAACGGGGUGAACGGAUCCGCAAGCUCGACGCCCAACACUGCGCGUGACCGCAUGAAAUAUGCCGAACAACAUCUUAAGUUGCUUGCUGAAGAUCCCCGCAAAUUCAUACUCCGGGCAGGCGGCCGCGGCGGUGGGGAGUGGCAAGUCAACUUUCGCCAGUUGACCAACAAGCUUGUCCAGUUCGAGAUCGAGAACACCAUAAUGGCUCGAUUCGGUUCCCUCGCUAUCCGACUAGUUCGCAUCCUCUGCGACAAGGGCAAACUAGACGAGAAGGCAGUGGCCAACAUCGGGUUGCUCAAACAGAAGGAUAUCCGAUCUACCUUCACUGCCAUGCAGGAAGCCGGCUUCGUGGAGUUGCAAGAGGUGCCAAAGGACACUGCGCGUCAACCAUCCAGGACUAUCUUCUUGUGGUUCUUCGAUCAAGAUCGCUGCCGUCGCGUCAUCCUCGCCGAGACCUACAAGGCCAUGGCUCGCCUAAUCCAGCGGGCAAAUGUCGAGAAGGAGAAGAUACAGCCGCUUCUAGACAAGGCUGAGCGCACAGAUGUCGUCGGCAACGAGGACAAGUAUCUUUUGGCGAAAGAGAGACAGAUCCUUCGCCUUUGGAGGAGUACCGAAGAGAAGCUUCUCACGCAGCUGGGAAGACAAGACGAUCUGGUGUCGAUACUAAGGGAUUAUGGAGUUUCGUAA